CCCCCCAGCUUCAGCAUCCUGGUGGGGGCCCCCAAGGCCAACACGAGCCAGGCCGAUGUCACCCAGGGUGGCGCCGUCUACUACUGCCCCUGGCACCCGCAGCCCGGCGCCUGCAGCCCCAUCGAGUUCGACCACCUCGGCACCCGCAGCCACGACCUCGGUGGCAACGGCAGCGACGCCGUCGAGUUCAAGUCCCUGCAGUGGUUCGGGGCCACCGUGCGGGCGCACAACGACUCCAUCCUGGCGUGCGCGCCCCUGUACAGCUGGCGCACGGUGAAGGAGGAGCCCGGCCGGGACCCCGUGGGCUCCUGUUUCCUCUCCGUGGGCAACUUCUCCAAGUUCGUGGAGUACGCGCCCUGCCGCUCCGGUACGCGGGGACACCCAGGGGGGACGGGGGGACACGGGGGACAGGGAGGACACACGGGUCGGGUGCUGCUGGGGGGCCCGGGCAGCUACUUCUGGCAAGGCCAGGUGAUCUCGGCGACGCAGGAGCAGAUCGAGGCCGCCGAGCACCCCGAGUACCUGAUCCAGGAGGUGCCCGGGCAGCUGCAGACCCGCCAGGCGGCCGCCAGCUACGACGACAGCUACAUGGGCUACUCGGUGGCCGUGGGCGAGUUCAGCGGGGACGAGGUCCAAGACUUCGUGGCCGGCGUCCCCAAGGGCAACCUCACCUACGGAUACGUCACCAUCCUCAACGGCACCAACAUGAGGCCCCUCUACAACUUCUCGGGGGAGCAGAUGGCCUCCUACUUCGGCUACGCGGUGGCCGCCACCGACGUCAACAACGACGGGCUGGACGACGUGCUGGUGGGCGCGCCGCUGCUCAUGGAGCGGGCGGACGGGCGGCUGCAGGAGCGCGGGCGGCUCUACGUGUUCCUGCAGCCCCCCCCCGGCGCCCCCCGCCCGCCGCCCCCCGCCCAGGCCCUGCGCGGCGCCCAGGAGUUCGGGCGCUUCGGCAGCGCCAUCGCCCCCCUGGGCGACCUCGACCAGGACGGCUACAACGACGUGGCCGUGGGGGCACCCCUGGGUGCCGAGGGGCUGCGGGGGCUGGUGUUCGUGUACAACGGGGCGCCGGGGGGGCUGCGCCCCGAGCCCUCCCAGGUGCUGCGGGGCCACUGGGCGCCCGGCCGCGCGCCCGACUUCUUCGGCGCCGCCCUGCGCGGCGCCCGCGACCUGGACGGCAACGGCUACCCGGACCUGCUCGUGGGCGCCUUUGGCGUGGACACGGCCGUGGUGUACAGGGGCCGCCCCAUCGUCUCGGCCAGCGCCUCGCUCAGCCUCGUGCCCGCCAUGUUCAACCCCGAGGAGCGCAGCUGCGCCCUCGAUGACACCGGUGUCCUUGUCCCUUGCAUCAACCUGAGCUUCUGCCUCAACGCCUCGGGGAGACACCUGCCCAGCUCCAUCGGCUUCGCCGUGGAGCUCAGCCUGGACGGGCUGAAGGGCAAGGGCGCGGUGAAGCGGGCGCUGUUCGUGAGCGGGCGCCGCCCGGCGCUGGCGCUGGCCCUCGACGUCCCCAACGGCGCCGGCGCCCGCUGCCGCGACCUGCGCGUCUACCUGCGGAACGAGACGGAGUUCCGGGACAAGCUGUCACCCAUCGUGGUGGCCCUGAGCUUCGGGCUGGACCCGCUGGCACCCGCCGACCGGCACGGCCUGCGCCCCGUCCUGGACUACCGGGCGCGCACCCGCAUCGAGCAGAAGGCUCACAUCCAGCUGGACUGCGGCGAGGACAACGUCUGCGUGCCCGACCUGCAGCUGGACGCGUUCGGGGGGGUGCCUGGGGAUGUGGGUGCCGGGGGGGGCACCCGGGGGUGCCGUGGGCACCCAUGGGUGACGUGCCGGGCGCCGCAGAACUUCUCGCAGCUGAGCUGCGAGCUGGAGCGGGCCAACGGCUCCAGCGCCCUCGUCUGCGACCUGGGCAACCCCAUGAAGGCGGGCGCCAGCAUCUGGGGGGGGCUGCGCUUCACCCUGCCCCACGUCAGCGACAGCAGCAAGAGCGUCCGCUUCGAGCUGCAGAUCCGCAGCUCCAACGCCAACGGCUCGCGCAGCGCCCCGGUGGCCCUGGCGCUGGCCGUGCGCGCGGCCGCCCGCCUGUCCUCGCACGGGGUGUCCCGGCCCGAGGUCGUCACCCUGCCCGGCGCGGGGGGCGCCCGGCAGGAGCAGGACGUGGGGCCCGAGGUGGAGCACGUCUACGAGGUGGUGAACGAGGGCCCCAGCACCAUCAGCCAGGGCACCCUGGAGCUGCGCUGUCCCCUGAGCCACCGCGGGCGGCCCCUGCUCCUGGUCACCGGCCACUCGGGACCCCCCAACUGCACCGCCAGCCCCCCCGUGGGCACCCUGCCCCCCUGGUCGUGCGCCGAGGGCGGCUGCUUCCGCCUGCGCUGCCCGCUGGGCACGCUGGCCAGGCAGCAGCGGGCCACCCUGCGGCUGCGCUUCCGCGUGUGGGCGGCCUCCUUCCCGCACGUGUCCACGGGGCUGCAGUGGGCGGGCGCGGGCGGCAGCCCCGCGGUGCCCGUGUGGAUCGUGGUGCUGGCGGCGCUGCUGGGGCUGCUGCUGCUCGCGCUGCUCAGCUACGGCCUCUACAAGUUGGGCUUCUUCAAGCGCUCGCUGCCCUACGGCACCGCCAUGGAGACGGCGCAGCUGAAACCGCAGGCGGCCUCCGAGGCCUAGGGGACACGGG